GUGUCCGUGCGGAUCGAUCACGGGGUGCCUGCGCGAAUCGAGCGCGCGCCAUCGCCAUGGCGGGGAGGAACAUCGCCUACGUGAAGCCCAAGGAGCCGUCCUUCCUGCGCAAGUUCAAGAAGGACGUCGGUUUCAAAGAGGGGCCCAACGUGGACACCAAGCGAGGACCGGCCAUGAUGCCUCACCGGGACGACGACGACGCGGAGGAGAAGGAAGACGAGCGGCCGCAGGUCGUCGUCAUGAAAGACGGAGACCUCACGGAAGAGGAGGCUCGCAAACUUCAGGGUGGAGCCUCCCCGUUCGUCACUGACGACCGUCCCGCCGACGGGCGAAUUCUCUUCCGGAAGCCGGCGAAGCGCGAGGGGGGGACCCCCGACACCAAGGCGAGCUCCAAGUCCGCAAAGCGCUGGCGGGAGGGCAAGCAAGAGGGUGGACGUUCAAAGAAGGGCGACUCCGCAUCGUCGUCGACGACAUCAUCGACGUCGACGACAUCAUCGACGUCGUCAUCAUCAUCAUCCCAGGCCGUGAAGAAUGCCAAACUCCUGUCAUUCGGAGAGGAUGACGAUGGUGGUGGCGGCGGCGGUGGAGAAUGAAACGUGCGAGGUGAUCGUGUUUGGUUGAUGGCCUACGUGUUCUGUACGCCCCCCGCUGCCACCGUCUCGUCAGUGAGCUGCUGAAAGGCCCCCCCUGUGUCGUGUCAGUCAUAUGGGGGCUGUUUAACCAUACGUCACCACAGUGGGCAGCGCAGGGUGACACCCGUGGGGGAGGGGCAGCGGUCUUGGUUGGUGGUACCGCUGCUCACCACUGAUGUUGACUGUCUGGGGAUUAAUCUCAGAUGGCCGCAGUUUGUUUCGGUGUGUUCACCACUGUGGCACCAACUGUAGGGGGAGGCGUGAGUUAAACUUCUUUGCAUUGGUCAACGUGUGUGUGUGUAACGGCUUUAAUAAUAAAAAAAAAAUUCCCGUAUAUCAACUGGGCACCGAUGA